CGCGCCUGCGCCCUCGUCGGGAUUCCUCUCCCAGAAGUCCUCGAGCGUCGUUCUCCUCGACCUCCAGGCCGCUGGCAUCCAGCCGGAGUCCGCCCGCCCCUGCUCCGCUGUCCGCCGUCCGCCCGCCAUCAUGCUGCCCGCCGCGUUUCUCCGCCGCCCGGGCCUGGGCCGCCUCGUGCGCCAGGCCCGCGCCUACGCCGAGGCCGCCGCCGCCCCGGCCCCCGCCGCGGGCCUGGGACAGAUGUCUUUCACCUUCGCCUCACCCACGCAGGUGUUCUUCAAUGGCGCCAACGUUCGACAGGUGGACGUGCCCACGCAGACCGGAGCGUUUGGCAUCUUGGCAGCCCACGUACCCACACUGCAGGUCCUGCGACCAGGGCUGGUUGUGGUCCACGCUGAGGACGGCACCAUCUCCAAAUACUUUGUGAGCAGUGGCUCGGUCACAGUAAACGCUGACUCUUCGGUGCAGUUACUGGCCGAGGAAGCCGUCACACUGGACAUGCUGGAUCUGGGGGUGGCCAAGGCGAACCUGGAGAAGGCGCAGUCGGAGCUGUUGGGGGCCACGGACGAGGCCAUGAGGGCCGAGAUCCAAAUCCGCAUCGAGGCCAAUGAGGCCUUGGUGAAGGCCCUGGAGUAGGCGGUGCGUGCCCCACGCUGGCUCUGGCAGGGAGACUGGGCCAGAGCUGGGCAGGGGAUGGCCUGGCGUGAGGACCCAGCUCCUGUGGGUGCAGGCUGGCUGGGAGGCUCGGGGAGUGAGCCUGGGGGAGCCAUCCUCGCUAGGGAAGCCACCAGGGGGCAGCACAGUGCCGGCGUCCGCCCAGAGCGCCUUUCAGGGCUCUGCCUCUCUGUGGUGAAUAAGCCAGGGAAACAAGCCAGCUCUGGCAGGCCUGGGGGCUGGGGUCAAGGUCGGGCACUUGCCCUACCCUUGGGGAUUACUCUCACCCCGGAGGGCUCUUCUCCCACCUCCUAAGAUCUCCCCAACCUGACGUGCUGGCCACCACUCCUCUGCCGCAUCUGCCGCAGAGACCUCUGCUCCCAGCCACCGGCAACGGACAGCCUGCUCCCUGCCCGAACCCUCAUUAAACACCUGGAAUCCA